UGUGGGACACGGGUAAAGGCCAAAACCGGCCCGACAUGAUCCAGAACCUUACCUCUCCACGCAUCAACAAAUGCUCCCCCUCUCAAAGCCCGCCUCCGGUUUCCGUCCCCCAUCCUCCUCCGCCCCCCAGCCGCCGCAUCCAAUGGAGUCCUCGCUCCUCCUCUCUACCCCGCGCCCGCUCAAGCCCUUCCAUCCGCAUCACUUCCCCACCGCUCGUCGUCGCGACGCGUCCUUCCGCGGGAAGCCCCCUCCGCCGCCGCCCCUGCCACCGCUCGGACGCGGCAGCCGCCGGUUGGGUCGGGCGGUGCCGCGCGCCUCGAGCGAGGCGUUCGGCGACGGAUUCCGCAGCCAGGACAGGCCUCCCGGGGUUAGCAGCGGGGGUGUUCGCCGGAGGACCUACCGCGAGGCGCAGGGCGAGGCGGCCGUGCCACCCGUGGCCGCGGCCGCGAGAGCAGUCGCGCCCUACGUCGCCCCGGUCGGGGCAGUACUCAUGCUGAGCUUUGUCAUAUGGAAGGUGGUUCAGAAUAUGAUUCCAGGGAAGAAAAAGGAUCAUGGUUCUGGAAAACAUGCGCCUUCUGGUAUCAUGUGGUCCUUCGCUGCUGGCUCCAAUUUGGCAACAUCUACCCUCAGUGCUGAAAAGGAGUCGCGGAAAAAUCUGAACAAGUUCUACAAAGAACUUCGAACUUUGAAAACUGUUAACAUGGCUGGUCGUCAGUUUGGAGAUGAGGGCCUGUUUUUUCUAGCAGAAAGCUUAGCCUAUGACAAGAGUGCAGAAGAGGUGGACUUUUCUGGCAAUGGGAUAACAGCUGUGGGGAUAGAAGCCUUUGAUGGAGUUCUUCAGAUAAACACAACUUUGAAAACUCUCAAUUUAUCUGGAAAUGACAUCGGGGAUGAAGGAGCUAAGUGUCUUUCAGAUAUAUUGGUUGAAAAUGUGGGUAUCCAGAAACUCCUCCUGAACAGUAUCAAUAUUGGGGACGAGGGUGCCAAGGCACUUUCGAACAUGCUGAAAAAGAAUAAAUCAAUACGUAUUCUACAGUUCAGCAAUAAUGCAAUUGAAUACAGUGGUUUUGCAAGUAUUGCAGAAGCCCUUUUAGAGAAUAAUACGAUACGGAGCUUGUAUCUCAAUGGCAACUAUGGUGGUCCCCUUGGUGCAUGCAGCCUAGCUCAAGGAAUUCUAGGGAAUAAGUCUUUAAGGGAAAUUCACUUGCAUGGUAAUGGGAUUGGGAAUGAGGGAAUACGUGAGUUGAUGUCUGCAUUAUCUGCUCACAAAGGGAAGAUCACAGUUGUGGAUAUUGGCAACAACAACAUUAGCCCGGAAGGUUUACAUCCUGUAGCCGAGUUCCUCAAAAGGACAAAGUCCUUACAGUGGUUCAGUCUCUACAUGAACGAUAUUAGUGAUGAGGGAGCUGAAAAGGUUGCUGAGGCUCUGAAAGAUAACAAAACAAUUUCUACCAUAGACUUGGGUGGCAAUAACAUUCACUCCAAAGCUGUUAGUGCAGUAGCGGAAACUUUGAAGGAUAAUGCAGUGCUGACAACACUGGAUUUGAGCUACAAUCCAAUUGGAUCAGACGGAGUAAAGGCUUUGUGCGAUGUCCUCAAGUUCCAUGGGAAGAUCCAAACCCUUAAGCUCGGCUGGUGCCAGAUAGGCAUGGAAGGUGCAGAGUGUAUUGCCGACUGUCUCAAGUACAACACAACGUUAUCGACAUUGGAUCUGCGGGCAAACGGGCUUGGAAACGAUGGUGCUAUAUGCUUGGCGCGAAGUUUCAAGAUAAUCAACGAAUCGUUGACGUCCCUUGACCUGGGUUUCAAUGAGAUUCGAGACGACGGAGCAUUCGCAUUGGCACAGGCGCUCAAGGCUAACGAGGAUCUGGCGGUCACGUCAUUAAAUCUCGCAAACAACUUCUUCACGAAAUUCGGACAGGUCGCUCUUUCUGAGGCGCGGGACCAUGUGUACGAGAUGACCGAACGGGAGAUAGACAUUUAUUUUUAGGGGGGUACCGGUUCCCCUGUGCACACAGUUAGCACAGGACAUGACCGAUGCUUGUUUGUCGAGUAGGUUGAAGAAUAAGGUCGCGCGGUAGAGCGAUGGUUUAUCCUUUGUAUAGGAAAAUUUUGGUGGGUUAGUUAAAUAUUUUUAGUUACUAUGUAGGUUAGCCAUUCGAUCAGGUGUCUAUAUGCAAGUUUUGCUGGAAACGUCGGUGUCGUUUUGAACCAUUCGUAUUAUUGGUUGAAAAUGGAAUGGAUAUGACGGGCAUCACAUGCAAACUGAUUCUUUUUUGUGGAGGACUUCACUGAUGUGGUGGUGUGUGUUCCUCGGAAGUUGAAAUGUAUUCUCAUGCCAUCCAUGUGGGAUGGUGUUGGUAA